UAAAACAGAUCGAUCGGUUAUGGUGAUAUAACAUAAGGUAAACCUAUUCAUUGUUUCUUCAGGUGAUUGCAGACUAAACACACUCUUGGAAAAAUGGCUAUUGUAGCUCGUCUGCUGCUACUAGCACUGACAAUAGCAGCGUUUGGAGAAUCAGAACAGAAGGACGCAUUGAAAAUUACAGUGUAUUAUGAAACGUACUGCCCUGACUCGGAGAAUUUCAUGAUGAAUCAGUUGGCACCCAUGAUGGGAGAAUUCAACGCCUAUCCUAGCUGGUUGACUUUGGACCUCAUACCAUUUGGAAAAGCUAAGAAAGUCGGCCACAACAAGUACGAAUGUCAGCAUGGGCCGAAAGAAUGUGCGGGAAAUAAGCUCGAAGCGUGUGCUAUCAACGAGCUGGUGACCAAGCAGUACAACCCUCUCUACAUGAGGCUGGUCAACUUCAUCUACUGCACGAUGACAGCUGAUGAUCAAGUUAAAGCAGCUAAACAGUGUGCGGACCAAACUGGGGUGGACUACAAGAAGCUCAUGAAGUGCUAUAAAGGACCCGAGGGCAACAAACUCAUCAACAUGUACGCCAAACGCACAGGCGAACUUCAACCACCCCUCAGCUGGGUCCCCACAGUAGUGUUCAACGAUGUGUUCAACCAGACACAGAGUGAUGCAGCACAGAAGAAUUUGUACAAAGUUGUCUGCGAACUCCUGCCUGAUCAGUGUUUGUAACUCCUGUUUAAUUUGAGAUAUAAUGACUCAAACGGGUUAGGUUGUAAGCAGCUGAAGCCAAAGUUUGUAUAAAGGAAUGAAUAAACUGACUACGAGACAAACCAGCAAUUUUUACCAUACGUAUACUGUAUUCACACAAAUGCUCGUUCUUAGAAGUAAUUAUUAAUAUUAUGCACAAUUAAUACUACAUAAAGUUAAGAUUAAGUAUUCUACAAGUGAUAAUUAAUAUGUGAUAAAAGCUGUUAAAUAAAACUAUUACUAAUUUA